CGCGGCGCAGAAAGAGAGCGAGAGAGCAAGCGAGCGAGUGGAGUUCCGCCCACCCAGCUGAAAGCAUUCAACUAGUGCGCCAAGGAUCAUUCAAGGAUCACUCAGCCGGGAGCAAGCGGAGAGCCGCCAGAAUCGCCGCAAGGAUCUCCGCCAGGAUCGCAAGCGCCACAGGUUGACUCGCUUUCAUCGCUCGUCUGUGCGCCUUAUUACAAACGGGACUAACUUGGAACCAAAAGUCGCCCCCUUCGCCAUGUCCACGCUGACGGCGCUGAGCAGCGCCGUCCUGCUCCUGCUGCACGUGUGCCAGUCAUCUUCAGAGCCGGCCGAACCCGCCGGGCACUGCCCCUCCUGUGCCCUGGCGGGCGUACAUGGGAACCAGGGCGCCCAGGAAGAGGAUGCGGCCCAGCAGGAGGUGGUGGAGGCAGUCAAGCGCCACAUCCUCAACAUGCUGCACCUACACGCCAGGCCCAACAUCACCCGGCCCGUGCCCCGCGCCGCGCUCCUCAACGCUUUGCGCAAGCUGCACGUGGGUCGGGUGGCCGACGACGGCAGCGUGCACAUAGAGGGGGAAUCCGAAGGGAGGGGCCGGGGGGGAGGUGGCGGCGGAGGGAGAGGAGGGGUCGCGACCCCGCCGGCCGCCGUCGCCCGAACCCACGACGACGACGAUGAGCAAGACGCCACCGAGAUCAUCACCUUCGCCGAGCCCGGUGAGGCCCGGGACACGGUGACCUUUGUCCUGUCCAAAGACGACGGAGGUGGCGAAGUGUCUCUGGUGGAGCAGGCCAAUGUGUGGCUUUUCCUACGAUUGGCCAAGAACAACCGCAGCCGCGCCAAGGUGGCCGUCCGCCUGUUCCAGCGGGGCGCGCCCUCGUCUUCGCCACAGGAUGACGUCUUGAUGGCAGAGAAGGCGGUGGACACCCGCCGCAGCGGCUGGCACACCUUCCCAGUUUCGGCGGCGGUCCAGGCGCUUCUGGAAGGCGGUGGUGGCGCGGCGCUCCGCGUCAGGGUGUCUUGCCCGCUCUGCGCCGAGGUGGGCGCCACGCCCGUGCUGCUGUCCGGCAGCGGAGGCGGGUCACAGCAGCGCGCCAACCGGAAGGAGCCGUCCCAACGGGAGCAGUCGCACCGGCCUUUCCUAAUGGCGGCCGUGAGGCCGGAGGACUCGGGCGACUCUCGGCGCCGGCGCAAGCGAGGGCUGGAGUGUGACGGCAAAGUGCGGGUCUGCUGCAAGCGCCACUUCUACGUCAACUUCAAAGACAUCGGCUGGAACGACUGGAUCAUCGCGCCGGGCGGCUACCAUGCCAACUACUGCGAGGGCGAGUGCCCGCUGCACGUGGCCAGCAUCACCGGCUCGGCACUCUCCUUCCAUUCCAACGUCAUCAGCCAUUACCGCAUGCGGGGCUACAGUCCCUUCCAGAACCUGCGCUCCUGCUGCGUGCCUACGCGGCUGCGGGCCAUGUCCAUGCUCUACUAUAACGAGGAGCACAAGAUCAUCAAGAAGGACAUCCACAACAUGAUCGUGGACGAGUGCGGAUGCUCCUAGACGUUCACCGGGACGGCAGACGCGUCAGGCAUCGGGUCGGGUGAAGAGGGGUGGUCACGUCCGUCCUCCGGGCACUUUCAGACAAUAAGGAAGAAAAGAGAUGAAUAUUAAUAUAUUUUUGUUAAGAACGAAGUGGACGUGGCCUAUUUGUGUGGCUGAGAACAUGAUGGCGGCGGCGGCGGCGGGGCUGACACGCCACAAACUAUGCAACUUGUUUUCGAUACGUUCCACACUCACCUGCCAUCGGGCAAAAUCUGCCAAGAACAGUAAAUUUAAAAAAAAA